AUGUCUAUUUCAAAAUAUGUGAGGCAAAAUUUGCUUUCACUGAAAUUGACAUCUUUCUGUGUUCCAGAGUCAGGUGCUGUUUUCACGUUUGGGAAAAGCAAAUUUGCAGAAGAUAUUCCUAGCAAGUUCUGGUUCAAAAAUGACAAGCCUGUACUUAUAUCAUGUGGAGAUGAACAUACAGCUAUUAUUACAGGGAAAGGUAAACUGUACAUGUUUGGCAGUAACGACUGGGGCCAGUUAGGACUAGGAUCAAAGAACACUGUCAGCAAACCAACCUGUGUUAAAGCUUUAAAACCAGAAAAACCAAAACUUGCUGUUUGUGGAAGAAACCACACUUUAGUUUACACAGAAAAAGGAAAUGUCUAUGCUGCUGGAGGUAACAGUGAAGGCCAGUUGGGAUUAGGUGACACAGAGGAAAGGACCACAUUUCAUUUAAUUAGAUUUUUCACCAACCAGCACAAGAUCAAGCAACUAUCAGCUGGAUCCUACACCUCAGCAGCAGUAACUGAGGAUGGGCAGCUCUUUGUGUGGGGUGAUAAUUCAGAAGGGCAGAUUGGCCUGGCCAGUGAAGCCUCUGUCAGUGUCCCCUGCAAAGUGGAUAUUGGAAAACCUGUUUCCUUUGUAUCCUGUGGAUAUUAUCAUUCUGCCUUGAUUACAGGAGAUGGUGAGCUCUAUACUUUUGGAGAAUCUGUGAAUGGGAAACUGGGAUUAUUCCCUGAACAGCUGAAGAACAAUAGAGUCCCACAGCCUGUACUGGGAAUUAUGGAAAAGGUUAAUAAGGUUGCUUGUGGUGGAGAACACACCGUGGUGCUGACAGAGACAGAUGUUUAUACUUUUGGACUUGGACAGUAUGGGCAGCUGGGACAUGGAACUUUCGUGUUUGAAAGUUCAGUACCGAGGCCUGUGAAACGCUUGAAGAGGCAUAAAAUUUGUAACAUUGCAUGUGGGGAAAAUCACACUGCUGUGGUAGCAGAGAAUGGCCUGAUGUUUACUUUUGGAGAUGGACGACAUGGCAAGUUAGGAUUUGGAGAAGAGAGUUUUACAAAUCUGUUUGAUCCCACUCUGUGUUACAAUUUCUUGAAGUUCACAGUCCUUUUGGUUGCUUGUGGGGGUUGUCACAUGCUGGUUUUUGCUGCUCCAAGACCUAAAGGAUCUGAAAUCCCCUUGGAAGAUUUGUAUGAGCCUCGUUUGACUGCUGCUACCUCUCAAAGCAGAGGGGACUUUGUGCUGGCAAACACUUUACAGUUAUCAGCAGCACGAAUGCGACGUCGAGAGAGGGAAAGGUCACCAGAGCAGUUUGCUCGAAUGGCACAAACUCUGCCUGCAAUGGGGGAAGGCUUCUUAAAAUCUUCAUUGCCUGUGGCAAGCAACACCAGCCCAUUCUGGUUUUCUGCAACAAGUCAUCCUAAAGCUGAAUCUGGGAGGGAUGGAGACCAUGAGAAAGAAAAUAAUAAUCAAAAAGAUAAACCUAGUGAAGUCUCUUCAGAAGAAGAUUCAGAUAAUGAAAAUCUUGACAGAAACCUUGGGGAUACAACUGAUGUCCUAAAUAUGACACAUGCAAUGAAGUUGAAUCCUGGUGACUGGUCCUUAAAAUUAUCACCACUCCAAAAACAGAAGGAACAAAACUUGUCUGGAAAUGAAGAAAUAGAUGAUGAUGAGGAAGAAGAAGAAAUAGAAGAAACAGAAGAAAUAGAAGAAAUAGAAGAAGUAGAAGAAAUAGAGGGAAAAGAAGAAACAGAAGGAAAUGAAACAAAAGAAGGAAUAGAGAAAAAAGAGGAAAAAGAGGGAAAAAAUGACAAAGAAAAGGAUCGUAAAUCACCUGAGGGAGAGACAAGCAGUAGCAGUAGCACUGUGGAAACUGGAGAGACAGAGGAGACUACUCAGAAAGAGACCAUCGUUCAGCAGGAGAAGGAAAGCACUGACAAUCACACUGUGAACAAUUCUUCAGAGAACACUGAUGACCAAAAAACUGGAGGAACUGUGGGGAGAAAAAAGUUUUCCCUAUUUAAGCGAAAGCCACUGACAAGCCACAAGAAUGUAUGUAGCAGAAAGGAAGAGAGCUCUGAAAAGCCAUUGCAGAGUGAAGAAAAGGAAAAAGAAGAUUUAACUGGUGAAGGCAGUAAGGAUGAAAAUCAGAAUCAUACACUGGAGAAUUCCAGUGAAACUGUGACUAACCAGGACAGAAGGAUGAAAGUUAAUACAUGCAUAUUGCUGUAACACUGUUAUAAUAUAUGGGAAUGUGACAGUCUUAAAGCAUACAGUGCAAUUUUUACUUGAAAACAGUUAUGAUACGAGAUGUUGAUGGCUGCUUUUUUUGAUUGAUUGGAUUCCUGUAAUAUUAAAUAGGCAGAUGAUUUUCUUGGUAUUUAUUGAUAAUUUUAAUAGUUCAAAAUUAUAUACUUAUCAGCACCUUGCUGAAGUUCUGUGGCCUUACCUGUUGAUGUUCUGAAGCAAAAUAUGGGGGGUUUUAAUGUGAAAAGUUGAAUACAGGCAUUUUUUGUUUCUUGCUCAAUAAUUUUAUUCUGUUUCAGUCUACAGAGUACCACUUUCAGCAUGACACUCUUGCAAAAUUAUAAUGUUUGAUAUAUUACUUGGUUUAACUACCUAGUUAAGAAUAUUUAAGGCACUCAGAAAUAUACAUAUUUCCUUCUGUUUUGACAUAGAAAAAACAGCAGUAAAACUUUCAAGUUAACUUGUAGGCCAUUAUGGAAGAAGUUACUUGAGUAUGUGGCUAAUUUCACACAUGGCAGCAGUCCCAGUGGAAACAGUGUAAGGAUGGAAGUAUCCUGCCAAACUGGGACAGGGAGAAAGCUUUUAUUUCUGAGAGGUGCUGAAAACCUUUGCUCCUGCUGAAAUUGUCAUAAGCUGAUGGGCCUCUCUCCUACUGAAUCAGGCCCAGUGAAAACUGGACACCCUCACUGUUGUUUCCCUUGGAUUGUAAUCCUGUAUUCUCUGAACAUCCACACCUUAAUGAGUCUCCAGUGAAGCUUUUCUCACAGGAAAAUAAUGCAGCCAGAGGUACUGUGGCAUCAGUAUGACAGACUGAUCAUCAUGGAGUAAAUAUUCAUGUUUUUCUCAGGCAGACUGGCUUUUCUUCAGAUGGACACUUAGCAGGAGGAGCCAAAAAUCAGUACAAAUAAAAACUGCUCAACACCGCUGCAGCAUUAAGAAGCAGGAAUUCUUCAUUCAGCCAGCUGCUCAAGGGGAUAUCUCCUCCAAAAUAUCGUGCAGGCUAAGUACAGAAAAACUCCUGUUUAGAUACUGUAUUUUACGUACAUAGUCAUUGAUUUUCCCAGAAUAAACAUACACAUGAUAAAUAAUUUCCCUGAAAUCAUAAUUAAAUUUUCCCUCCCAUUUACACACAUUCUUCUGUCCUGGAGGUCCCUUUGCUGGUCCCUGGUGGUCAGUGACCCCCAGUGAUCCCUGACCACACAGUGAACUGCUGAAAGGUGGUACAACCGGGCUGGUUGCUUUCCCAUUCUUCCUGAAAUUUUUCUAGUUUCAGAAUUGCUUAAAUUUUAUUUAAUAGGUCAGAAGUGUCCAGAAUUGAUUUCAUCCUAGGAGUUGGUUCACCUGCAUGUCCUUAUAAGUAUGGCAGGUGCCCAGAUUCUUUCACAGGGUUUCCUCUGUGCUACCAUAAUCAUCAUACUAAAAACCUGGAUGCUUGUGUCAUCCUUUCCCAGAGUUAAUUAGGAUCCUACCUUUGAGACUUUUAUUUUUCUUUGGGCUACUCCUGUGUUAUGCAGUGAAUCUUACAUGAGGGGUUUUUUUCUCCAUUAUAUUUACAUAUUUUCUUAUUUUUUCUGAAUGCACAUAUGGUUUCUGUUCUACUUGGAUACUGUUGAGAAGAGUAAAGUGGAAAAGGAGAAAUAAAGUAAAUGGCGCCCUCAUUAAUUAAAUAAGCUUUAAUUAUUUUUGUAAGGGGAAAUCAGUUACAGAAAUUGUUACUGUAAGAACAAUUUCUUUUUUAAAGGUAAACUGAUUUAGUGAGAAAUAUUACUUUAAAAUGGGAAUUACCCUCAAAACUAACACUACAGAAGUUUAUGUAAUGGACUGUAAACUGCUGUAUGUCUGAGCAGUUUCAGGGACUGGUACAUUUAUCUUGUCCACACACUUUGCUCAACAAGAAGCAGGAACAUAUUAACCCAUUCCAAUGUCUUUUCUACAUGUCUUCAUUUUUAAUAAAAAAGAUUAAACAAAUAAAACAA